GGAGUGAGGUAUUCUGCAGGCCGCUGUAAUGGCGACUCUAUGUGUCUGAUCCGAGUCUCAGCUCACUGCAUCCGCGCGGUUCCUCACACAGCAUCGGGCUUUUCUCCUAAAUCUGCGACCUUCCGAGGGAGUUAAAGGGAAACAUUAACAAAGGCUGGAAUUAUUCGUUAAAUGAGCAGCGGCCGGAAUAACCGAGUCAUGAUGGAAGGAGUGGGCGCUCGAGUGAUCCGCGGCCCGGACUGGAAGUGGGGGAAGCAGGACGGAGGUGAGGGACAUGUAGGCACCGUGAGGAGCUUCGAGAGCCCCGAGGAGGUGGUCGUGGUCUGGGAUAACGGUACCGCGGCGAACUACCGCUGCUCCGGGGCCUACGACGUCCGGAUACUGGACAGCGCGCCUACAGGUAUCAAGCACGACGGCACCAUGUGCGACACGUGCAGGCAGCAGCCCAUCAUCGGCAUCCGCUGGAAAUGCGCCGAGUGCGCCAACUAUGACCUCUGCACCACCUGUUACCAUGGAGACAAACACCACCUAAGACACAGGUUCUACCGCAUCACCACGCCGGGCAGCGAGAGGGUUCUCUUAGAAUCUCGGCGCAAAUCAAAGAAGAUAACGGCGCGAGGAAUCUUCACCGGAGGCCGCGUGGUGCGAGGAGUGGACUGGCAGUGGGAGGACCAGGACGGAGGAAAUGGCAGGAGAGGAAAGGUGACGGAGAUCCAGGACUGGAGUGCUGCGAGUCCUCAUAGCGCCGCCUACGUCCUAUGGGACAACGGGGCCAAGAACCUUUACCGAGUCGGCUUUGAGGGCAUGUCGGACCUGAAAUGUGUGCAAGACGCAAAAGGAGGAACUUUCUACAGAGACCACUGUCCAGUCUUAGGUGAGCAGAAUGGGAACAGGAACCCCGGAGGGCUGCAAAUCGGAGACCUGGUCAACAUCGACUUGGACCUGGAGAUCGUCCAGUCUCUGCAGCAUGGCCACGGAGGAUGGACAGACGGCAUGUUUGAGACGCUCACCACUACGGGCACGGUGUGCGGCAUCGACGAGGACCACGACAUCGUCGUCCAGUAUCCCAGCGGCAACAGGUGGACAUUUAACCCGGCUGUCCUGACCAAAGCGAAUGUGGCGCGCAGCGGCGAGGUCCCGGCCGGAGCUGAAGGAGGAAGCUCGCAGUUCAUGGUGGGAGAUCUGGUGCAGAUCUGUUACGACAUCGACCGCAUCAAACUGCUGCAGAGAGGACACGGAGAGUGGGCAGAGGCCAUGCUGCCGACUCUGGGGAAGAUGGGCCGUGUGCAGCAGAUCUACUCUGACAGCGACCUGAAAGUGGAGGUGUGUGGCACGUCCUGGACCUACAACCCGGCCGCCGUCACUAAAGUGGCUUCGGCUGGUUCUGCCAUUACUAACGCAUCUGGAGAGCGUCUGUCUCAGCUGCUGAAGAAGCUGUUUGAGACGCAGGAGUCUGGAGACAUCAACGAGGAGCUGGUGAAGGCUGCGGCUAACGGAGACCUGGCCAAGGUGGAGGACAUCCUCAAGAGACCGGACGUGGAUGUGAAUGGACAGUGCGCAGGACACACGGCCAUGCAGGCGGCCAGUCAGAACGGCCACGUGGACGUCCUCAAGCUGCUGCUGAAACACAACGUGGAUCUGGAGGCUGAGGAUAAGGACGGAGACCGGGCCGUUCAUCACGCGGCGUUUGGAGACGAAGGCUCCGUCAUCGAGGUCCUGCACCGAGGCGGAGCCGACCUCAAUGCUAGGAACAAGCGCAGACAGACGCCGCUGCACAUCGCAGUCAACAAGGGUCACCUGCAGGUGGUGAAGACGCUGCUGGACUUCGGCUGCCACCCCAGCCUUCAGGACUCGGAGGGAGACACGCCUCUCCAUGACGCCAUCAGCAAGAAGAGAGACGACAUGCUGUCCGUUCUGCUGGAGGCCGGCGCCGAUGUCACCAUCACCAACAACAACGGCUUCAACGCCCUCCAUCACGCGGCACUGCGGGGGAACCCCAGUGCCAUGCGCGUGCUGUUAUCUAAGCUGCCACGGCCGUGGAUAGUGGAUGAGAAGAAGGACGAUGGUUACACUGCCCUUCACCUGGCUGCUCUUAACAAUCACGUAGAGGUUGCAGAGCUUCUAGUCCACCAGGGAAGUGCCAGUCUGGAUAUACAGAACGUAAACCAGCAGACGGCGUUGCACUUGGCCGUGGAGCGCCAGCACACGCAGAUCGUCCGGCUGCUGGUGAGAGCCGAGGCCAAGCUGGACGUACAGGACAAGGACGGAGACACGCCGCUGCAUGAGGCCCUCCGUCAUCACACCCUGUCCCAGCUCCGGCAGCUCCAGGACAUGCAGGACGUCAGCAAAGUGGAGCCCUGGGAACCUUCCAAGAACACGCUGAUUAUGGGACUGGGGACUCAAGGAGCAGAGAAGAAGAGUGCCGCCUCCAUCGCCUGCUUCCUGGCAGCCAACGGCGCCGACCUGACCAUCCGUAACAAGAAGGGCCAGUCUCCGCUUGACCUGUGCCCUGACCCAAGCCUGUGCAAAGCCCUGGCCAAGUGCCACAAGGAAAAGAGCAGUGGGCAGGUGGGCUCGCGUAGCCCGUCUCUCAACAGCAACAACGAGACCCUGGAGGAAUGCAUGGUGUGCUCGGACAUGAAGCGGGACACGCUGUUCGGACCAUGCGGCCACAUUGCCACCUGCUCGCUCUGCUCUCCUCGCGUCAAGAAGUGUCUCAUCUGUAAAGAGCAGGUCCAGUCCAGGACCAAGAUUGAAGAGUGUGUGGUUUGCUCAGACAAGAAAGCAGCCGUGCUCUUCCAGCCCUGCGGUCACAUGUGCGCCUGCGAGAACUGUGCCAGCCUGAUGAAGAAGUGUGUACAGUGUCGGGCAGUGGUGGAGCGGCGUACUCCUUUCGUCCUGUGCUGCGGAGGGAAAGGUAUGGAGGAUGCCACUGAUGAUGAGGACCUUACAGGGGGCUCUAACUCAGUGGCAGGGGGGUCGCAGGAGCUUCUCCAGCCCAACAAUCUGGCGCUAAGUUGGUCCAGUGGCAACAUCCCAGCCUUGCAGAGGGACAAGGACAACACAAAUGUCAAUGCAGAUGUGCAGAAGCUCCAGCAGCAGCUCCAGGACAUCAAAGAGCAGACCAUGUGCCCGGUGUGUCUGGAUCGUCUGAAGAACAUGAUCUUCAUGUGCGGCCAUGGCACGUGCCAGCUGUGUGGGGACCGCAUGAGCGAGUGCCCAAUCUGCCGGAAGGCUAUCGAGAGGCGGAUCCUGCUGUACUAGAGCUUUGGGCCUCCGGCUCCUCCCUGCUUCACACCGCAGCACCCGCUCCUGUGGCUGAUGCUCAUCAGUGUUAUAUCAAUUCUUUUUUUUUUCCUUUUGAUAUGGUCUUAAAGCAACUUUCUGGACUCAUGUUUUGUUGCAUCAUGGCUUAUUCUCUUGGUUUCAUUACAAGCUCAUUGCAUGGUGGAAGAGGAAACCAUUGUGUCUUGUGCUCUACUUGAUUGUCCAUAUCCACUUUUUGGCUUCUCCAUAAAUGUAACCUUGCUUAUUAGGGAUAAUUUUUAUUUCACAGAGUGCAUCAAAUCUGUGUACCAGAUUUUCCGAGCUCAGAAUACUACAACACUAUGAGUCUUUACCUAUGCAGCAUGUUCUCCUUCUGCAUCUAAUGGGACUGCUGAGCAGAAGCUUGCGCUUGCACUUUGUGUGCUUUCUACCCACUACCAUUUUUUAGCAUCAGGGAAAACUUGCAAGCUUAGAAAAGGAUGCACCGAUUUUAACAGAAAAGCUUUCGAAACCAAUGUUUAGAUCCCCACAAGACCACAGCCAUCCGUGGAACAAAGCUAUCUGGGUGGGCGGGGUUAUUCCAUCCACAGUCAAUCACACCAACACUAGCCAGUAACGGCACUAUGAGGUAGCAGAUUGACAGGAUGCGGUUAUCUGGCUUGACGUGUCUCAGAGGAGCCUGCAAGUCAUUCGUGCUGUAAACAUAAAAGAUGUAUUUCCUGGUCAGGUUCUGCUUGGACAUAAGGUGCAGAAGGCAACGUCAGAGAGUGGCCAACUGUCUCAGAAUAACCAGAGACCAAUAAGUAGUAGUUGUUUAGAAGGUUCUUUGUUGGGUUCUCCUUAGACCUGAAGUACAGAAGAUGACCUCAGAGUCAGGCCAACAAGUAACAGUCCCAGAAUAACCAGAGACCAAUAUGCAAUAGUUGUCUAGAAGGCUCUUUGUUGGGUUCUCCUUGGACCUAAAGUACAGGAGACAACCUCAGAGUCAGGCCAACAGGAAACUGUCCCAGAAUAACCAGAGACCAAUAUGUAGUAGUUGUCUAGAAGGUUCUAUGUUGCUGCAUGUCAUUCAUGCUGUAAACCUAAACGCAUUUCUUUAAGUAGCGCUCCGUAGAUCUUGCUAACAAGACGGAAGUUGAUUUCUUACAAGUAACAUCGAUGAAUCGAACAGCAAACAUGGUAAACGUGGAAAAGGUGCUAGCUUGAAGUCAGCCAGCUAAAGUGACCCCAUUCUACUCCGUUUCAUCAAAGCAAAAACACCAGAUUUUGUAGAAGCUGUUACAAAAAAUCAGCACCUUCAGUCACAGCCGCUAGGACAUGGAGUACUCCAGCAUCAAAAAUGGGCGUCUAUAGUGAACAAAAAAAACACUACUCACCCAAGCUCCUAAUUCAACAACAAACCAUACAGUAAAUUGGCUCAGUUAGUGUGAGGAUGUUAGGAUACUUGUAAGAAGGGUCACCAGGAUGUCUUAAUCCAAACCUAGAUACUGUAUCAGAUGUGAGAAGUUCUACCAGGGCCUUGGUCCUGUCCAAAUUAGGCUGCUUGGAACGAUCACGAAUAGUAAACCUUGUAUACACCCGGUUUCUUAAAUUUGAGCAGUUAAGCUAUAGGUGUGUAAAUAUGUAAUAUAAAGAUCCUGACCCUGAAUCUUAUAAACAGAAACGUUCCACAGGUGAUGUGUCUGAAGCUGAGACGUUUCUAAUAGACUUUUCACCAGCACUGUACUGAUCUUAGCAUGAGGAACUUGUGUAUGCAUAUAUAAACACGCCGGUCAGUCAGAUCAAGAAAUCCCAAAUCUCUAUAUUGAUUAUAUCGAUUGAGUUUUGAAGAAUCGGUGCAUCCUUUAAACCCUCAUUUAAGCCCAAGAUUGACGAACUUCCUCUGCUUUCUUCGAGCUACUGCGAACACGAGAGCGCGAUCGAGCGAAGCCGAGAAACACUAAACGCUACACACACUACACACACACACACACACUGUCAUUAUCUUCUUAUCAAAACUGCCAGAAUACUUUCAGCUGCCAUUUUUUCAAUAUCGUAAUCUACAGUCACGACAUUUCAAGUGACACAUCUCUACCAUUUUAUUUUCAUAACCUAAGUAACAUAAGUAACAUAACCUCCAUCCAGCAGGGUAUGUAAUGAUACCAGCUCUACUACAGUAUAUACACACACUUAGUAUUAUUCUUCCACCUUCCUAGAAAGAAGUGUGAAGGACACGAGGUCUUAAGAGUUUUAAAGAAGAGCACAGAUUCUGCAAAAGAGAUCGGAAGAACUGACCGGACAGUGACGAGAUAGGAAAGAACGAAGCGCUAACGACACUACGAAGCUAAAAUCUCGACCUACAAAUGUUGUGUUUUGGGCGAUAAGUCGUCGUUGUUGGGUUUUUUUUGUUUGUUUUGUUUUGUUUUUUAUUCUUUGUCGACUGAAAUUGAGCGUACAAUCUAAUAUAAAAUUCAAAAAGAGAAGUGUAUACAUUUUUGUUUAUGAUUAAAAAGUAGUACACUAGGUUUUUGAAGCUAGCGCGUUCCAGCAGCGACGAGGAAAGUUCGUAGUCGAAGAGAAACAUUUACCAAAAGACAGAUUGCUCGUGUAGUUCAGCGUGUCUAGGGACUCACGUCGCCAUUCUGAUCCUAACCUCUCUCUUUCUCUCUCUCCUCUCGGACAGUGUUUUUAACCGCGCUGAGGUCAGUGGAACUUGUUAUAUAAUUUAUUGGAGCCGUUCGCAUUUGUAUGACUCUAUAGAUCACCAGUGCAAAACCUUUGGGUUUUUUUUUUUCGUCCGUUCGUUUGUUUUCAUAGGGUGUGGGGAGGAAAACGUAGCUUCAUACUUUUGUCUUUUUAGUAUUUUGUAUCAUUUUCAUCCGAGUAAUCGUUAACACCCGAGGCUUAGAUGCACUAAUGUACUUUACCGCUAGUGUCGUAUUGUGUCAUGGUUAUUUCAAAGGUCUAUUUUGUACCUUAUUUUCAGUACAUAAAGAUUAUCCAGGUUUAAAAAAAUGUAAAAAAAAAAAAAAAUAAAAAAAAAAAAAAAAGAGUUUGAUGUAUGCAGUACGUUUAUCACGGGAAAAUGUCCAUCAGUCUGUAUUGCAAAGAGCUUUUAAAAUUGCAGAAUAAAGAUCUAAUGAAACAGUC